GAAGAACCUCUGGAGAUGUCUUCCAAUAAUGACCCUGUUACAAUCCCGAUGAUAGAAAGAAAUCCCAGUGACCUUCCUGGAAUGGACACCAGUGACCCAGACACAUUGACCGGAGUGGCUGUGUUGAGUUUUCAUAACAUCAGCUAUCGAGAGACAGUGCAGAGUGGCUUUCCAUUCCGUAAAAAAACGCGUAUAAUAGAAAGACUAUCUAAUAUCAAUGGGAUCAUGAAACCUGGCCUCAAUGCCAUCAUGGGACCUCAAGAUGGGAGCCGAUCUUGGUUACUAGAUGUCUUAGCUGCAAGGAAAGAUCCACGUGGAUUAUCAGGAGAUAUUUGGAUAAAUGGAAAACCUCGACCUGCUAAUUUCAAAUGUACUUCUGGUUAUGUACCACAGAAUGAUGUGGUAAUGAGCACAGUGACUGUGAGAGACAAUAUAGAGUUCUCAGCAGCUCUUCGACUCCCAAUGACUGUAACAAGAGAUGAAAGAAAAAGACGAAUUGAUGAGAUCCUUGAACUUCUGGAUCUGGAUAAAGUGGCAAAUAUCAAGCCUAGAUCAAAAGCACUCAGGAAAAGGACCAGUAUAGCAAUGGAGCUGGUCACAGAGCAUCCCAUUCUGUUCUUGGAUGAUCCCACCACUGGCUUAGACUUCAGGACUACAACAGAUGUUAUCUUGAUCCUGAGAAGGAUGUCUAUGAGGGGAUGGACAAUCAUCUUCUCCGUUAAUCAGCCCCAGUACACCAUCUUCAGAUUUUUUGAUAGCCUCACCUUAGUGGCCUCAGGAAAAGUCAUGUAUCACGGGCCUGCACAAAAGACGUUGGAGUACUUCACAUCUGCAGAUUACCAAUAUGAUUCCCACAACAACCCUGAGUACUUCUUCCUGGACAUCAUUAAUGGAGGUUUCUCUGCUAUAUUAGACACAGAGGAAGAUGGCCAUGAAGCUGACAAAUAUACAGAACUUUCUAUGAGACGGCACCAAGUCACAGAAAAAUUAGCCAAUAUGUAUGCCCAGUCCUCCUUAUACAGAGAAACGAGAACUGAACUGGAUCCACUCUUGGGGGAACAGAGGGCAGGGAGGAGCUCAGCCUUGGAGGAGAUCACGUGUGUCACCCCUUUCUGGCAUCAGCUUGGGUGGAUUAUCUGCCGUUCAUUCAAACAUUUAAAGGAUUUUCGACAGGACACUACGACUCAGGCAAUUAUCAGAGUCAUAGUGGCCGUGCUUGUGGGCACCGCUUUCCAUUUCCUACGAAAUGAUUGUACAGAAGUCCAGAGCAGAGCCAUCCUGUUCCUCCUGGUCACAGGCUUUGAGUGUAUCACAAGCUUGACCACCUGGGAGCUCUUUAUGAUCAACUGGAAUUGCUUUCUACAUGAGCAUACCAGUGGAUAUUACAGAGUGCCACCAUAUUUCCUUGGGAAAUUGCUGGCUGAGCUGGUACCUAGGAGGUUAUUGCCAAGUAUUAUAUUUACUGUUAUAGUAUUCAGCAUAGCAGGAGUAAAAACAGAUGUGAAUGGUUUCUUCGCUAUGAUAUUUACUGUCAUGAUGUUGGUUUGUUCUGCCAGUUCCCUGUCACUGUCUUUAGGAGCAGUGAUGAAUGCAGCAUUUGUACAAACACAACUCAUAACCAUCUACUUUAUGUUCAUGCUGGUUACAAAGUUUUCACCCAGACUCCUCUGCUAAAAUUUACAGCCCAUGGGUUAUUUGCUUGGGGACCAAAUACUGCUAAAAGGCUGAAAAACAAAACAAAACAGAAAACAAAUUGAAAGAGACCUGGGAGGCCCCUUCCUGUGACGUUAACUGAGAGCACAGUCCAGAAGGUUGAAGAGGUGGGACACUUUACACCCAGGAGAAAGGCUGCUGACAUCAUUGUCCAGGGGAAAGGCACAAUCUCAACACAAGGAAAAUCAUUGAAGUUAAGAUUGAAAAAAAUCCUGCUUAUUUUUUAAACUAUAAUAGAAACUUGUCAAUGUAACUGAAACAGUUUAUCUACUAACAGUUCAAUUUGAUAAGUGUCUAGUCUUACUUAAAAAAGAAAACAUAAUCAGGAAGCUUUCUUGGAUGUAUAAGUACAUAUGUCCCAAAUUGUCCUCUUUGGAUCAUCCAGACAUUGUUUAAAAUUAAUUCUUAAAAUGUACCUAACAAUACCUCUUUACCUAAAGUACAUGUUAGUAGAGUUCACUUUGUUUUUACUUUUGAUAAUGUGCUUAUAAAGCUGAUGUAGAGAAUUGAAUACUUGGGUAAACUGUGUUCACUGCACAGUGCAUGUGCCCAAGGAGGGAUUGCUAACUUAUGUGGCAGGACAUCGCCAGGCUCAAGUGUCCUUUUCCUUUGAAUGGGACUCUGGUUCUACCAGAGCAAGUGGCAUAUUGUCCUCUUUAUGAGAGAAGGACACAUGGGGUCGUGAAGUUUGCCAAAGUCUGUUGCUCUUGUUCCCAGAUGUGCAGGCAGGCCCACUGAAAGCCUCUUAUCCCUAGAGAAGAUGAAUUAUUCCUCACACAAAAGGGGGAUGAAUUCUUUCACCAAUGGGUGAUGAUACCUCUGACAGUUUUGUUGUUCAGGCUUGUUUUGCUAAUGUGGGACUUUUGUAUAUCCAUGUGAAAUUUAGUAUUGUUUUUUUCAAUUUAUGUGAAUUAUAUUAUAAUUUUGAUGAGAUUGCAUUGAAUCUGUUGAUUGCUUUUGGUAGGAUGGAUAUUUUCAUGCUGUGGGAUGUUCUGUAUGGCAAAUGUGUUGCUCUGAUUGGUCAAUAAAUAAAUCACUGAUUGGCCAGUAGCCAGGCAGGAAGUAUAGGCGGGACAAGGAGGAGAAUAAAGCUGGGAAGUGGAAGGCUGAGUCAGAGAGACACUGCCAGCCGCCAUGAUGACAAACAGCAUGUGAAGA